AUGGAAAUGAAAAGUUACCAGAAAAUCAAUCACUUCCCAGGGAUGAGUGAAAUCUGCCGCAAGGACUUGCUGGCCAGGAAUAUGAGCCGCAUGUUGAAGAUGUUCCCGAAAGAUUUCCACUUUUUCCCGAGGACCUGGUGUCUUCCUGCUGACUGGGGAGAUUUGCAGAACUACAGCAGGUCAAGAAAAAAUAAGACUUACAUCUGUAAGCCGGAUUCGGGCUGCCAAGGGAAAGGUAUAUUCAUCACCCGAACAGUGAAAGAAAUCAAACCAGGGGAGGAUAUGAUCUGUCAGCUCUAUAUCUCAAAGCCCUUUAUCAUUGACGGGUUCAAGUUCGACUUACGGAUUUAUGUGCUCAUGACAUCCUGUGACCCCCUCAGGAUUUUUGUAUACAAUGAAGGACUGGCACGCUUCGCCACCACCUCUUACUCCCAUCCCUGCACAAACAACCUGGAUGAUAUCUGCAUGCACCUGACUAAUUAUUCCAUUAAUAAGCACAGUGCCAAUUUCCUUCAAGAUGCUCACUCUGGCAGCAAGAGGAAGCUCUCCACCUUCAACAUGUACAUGGAGAGCCAUGGCUACAACGUGGCGCAGAUCUGGAGAGACGUUGAGGACGUUAUUAUCAAGACGAUCAUCUCGGCCUACCCCAUCAUCAAGCAUAACUACCACACCUGCUUUCCCCACCACACACUCAACAGCGCCUGCUUUGAAAUCCUGGGCUUUGACAUUUUGUUAGAUCACAAACUCAAGCCCUGGCUGCUGGAGGUAAACCACUCUCCGAGCUUCUCCACUGACUCCUGGUUGGAUAAAGAGGUAAAGGAUAGCCUGCUGUAUGACACUCUGGUCCUGAUCAACCUGAGAAGCUGUGACAAAAAGAAGGUCUUGGAGGAGGAGAGACAGCGGGGGCAGUUCCUACAGCAGUGUCGUUCUCGGGAGACCAGGAAAGAGGAAGUCAAGGGCUUUCAGGCCGUGCGUGUAGAGAAAACUGAGAAGUAUGAAAAGGAAAACUGUGGAGGGUUCCGCCUGAUUUAUCCCAGUGUGAACUCGGAGAAGUAUGAGAAGUUUUUCCAGGACAACAACUCCCUCUUCCAGAAUACAGUUACCUCCAGGGCUCGGGAGGUCUAUGCCCGGCGGCUGAUCCAGGAGCUGAGACUGAAACAAGAGAAAAAAUGCUUGCAAAUGAAACAGAAGAGGGUAGAGAUGCACGGGGAAUCGGCAGGCGAGCAAGCGAGAGGCAAGAGCUGGCAGAGCUGGCGACAGAAACAACAGCAGAAAUGCAAGAUUGCCCCCAACCAGACCUCCAAACAAUAUCUCCAGCCAUUGACAUUGGUGUCCGGCACACCUGACUUGCUCUCGAGUGUCAGACACACAGAGAAAAAUGAAGCAGAUAGCAGCCUUGACCAGGAGGCCCCCAAAGAGGAGGCUGAUCCAGCACCCUGUAAGCCUUCAUCUUCAAGGCCUUACAGCUCUGUACCUGACUUGAGGAAUUCAAGUCUUCUCAGCUGCUCCAGGCCAGAGCUCAGUAAACCCAUCUCCAAAAUGAAGGAAGCCAAGUCUACCUCUGCAGUGAACACGAUCACCAACACUGUGCCUCUAACUUCAGUAGAAGCCUUCCCAGAAUCUACCACCCCGGUCUCAGACACCCCUGAACAUCUGCUGAAUGUGACUGUGACAGCCAGCUCUGAGUGUAGCAGCCCAAAGAUGGACAGGGUGGCCUCCUUUAAAUGCAAGCCACAGCAGGUGCCUUGGCACCUCAUCCCAGAAAAAGUAUCAAACAGUUUUCUGCCUACAAAAUCCCAGAGCUUCUCGUGGCGUCCGAUCCCAAGCUGGACUUUGCUAAAGAAUGGCCGGAAGAAGCAGCAUCCCAUGUCAGAGCUGUUCACCAAGGUUCAACUGAGAGAGAAGCUGUCUUUGUUCCCAGCUCACUACAACCCAAAGCUGGUGCUGAGUGACCAGUCACAAAACCCCUCCCUGCCCCGGGAGUCCUACUUUUGCAGCCGAAACUCUGGCGAGAAGAGGCAGCUGGAUGUGCCCUCCUUCCUCUUCUUACAGAAUUCUCACGGCCUUGAUGUUUCCCUGACAGACCUGCUGGUGGUUGCCACUCCAGCCCGACUGGACCCAAGGCCUGCCAGAAGCCAUACAGGUGCUUUGAAAGACCUGUUGGCGUUCUUACAGGUCUCUCACAUGGCACUGCUAUCCAGGAUACUCCCAAGGAUAGAGCAACUUGAAGGGAGGAGUUGCAAGGAAGGACUCCCAGUUUCCAGAAGUCCGGAGCCCUCAGGGCACCAACAGGCCAGUGUCAGUUGGUCUCCAACUCCAGAGAGAAAAGACCAAGAGCUAGGCUUGAUGGAGAACUCUGAGCCCUAA